UCUCUCACACACACGCUCACUUACGCACAUCUUUUCCACAGUGAGCAUUUGAUCACGACAUUUUGCUUUAAAAUCGAACCUGAAACUGUGGGAAUAAUUUGGAAACUUGGAGGUCUUUCCAGCAGCUCUUCAUCCUGAGAGGCAAAUGUCCAGUCCACUGGAGAGGGUUGUAGCCCAGAAUAAGGAGGCCAUUGAAGCAGUGAUGGAGAUGUUUGAGAGAGGAGCCGAGGUGCUGGCCAGCGCUGUUGGAGAGAUGUCGCCGCUCUUCGAGGCUGCAGCUCCAGUCCUCAAGCUCGUCCUCAACAAUGUGGAAAGCAAGGAGAUCACAUAUGUCAAAGAUCAGUUUCUAGUUGUGAGGAGCAAAUUAGAUGUCCUCUCAUCUCAGCUACAAGACAUUGACUCUGAGAUUAGGAGGAGACGUUUGGAUACCCAGUUCUUCUCUGUGGAGGAAAAUUUGCGAAACCAGUUUAGAAAAUACAUUGGCAUUCUGGAGGCCAAACCUGAGUAUAAGGAGGUCAAAAAACGCUUGUUCUUGGAGCAUUUUUUCAUAACAGGAGGGGAGAAAAACCUCUGUGUGCUUUAUGAUGCUGUGUUGGGGAACAGCACAUUUGGGGAGCCAAUCCUGGAUGUUGUGGAACAAUACGAGGCCAGAAACAGAAGGGUCCUGGAAGAUUUCUGCGUCAGGCUGAAGGAGCUGCUCUGCCUGGGAAUAAUCGCUCUGCUGGGAUAUUGUUUCCUUACUCAGGGAGAAGAAGCAGAGCAGGAGAAGAUUCAAGAGUGGAGCGCAAAGAUCCAAGAAAUUGAGAUGAAAAUGAAGGAAGCGAUAGAGAAAUGUGUGCAUUCGUUUCCAGAGCAAGCUGAACUGGACAUCAAGAGGCUUGUGAAGGAGAGAGAGGAUGGGAACCUCCAGGAAACGGCCAAGGAACUGCUGGACUUCCUGGUGAAGAAGUACGACUGGGUGAGCUGGUCCAUCAGAGGCGUUAGUGACUUGGGCAAAAUUAGGAACUUGAGAGCUGGACAGAACUUUCAGAGUGUAGCGGGACAGAGUUAUUUUGAAGUAUCUGAAGGAAACGACAUAAACCUGGUGGUCUCGUUCUGCAGCGCCCCUCAGCCUGUGCCCAAUGAGAGCAUCAGACAGAUGAUGGAAGGUCCUGCGAGGAAGGGGGAUGCCAAAGCCGUCGUGGAGCUUCUGGAGAAGCAGUUAGCUGGCUUUCUGGUUCAUGCCGUCAGUCGUCACAAGGAGAGCUUCGCUGUGUCGAGUUUUCCUGAAGAAUGUCACUACUGGGACAAACACAAGAACGUGAAUGUAUGUGUGCAUGCAGAGUAGAUUUAGACAUAAACUAGCAUGUUAUAUGUUUGGCAACAGUUCUUCUAACCCUGAUUGAUGGAGUGUGUAGCUUUUCAUUUCUUAAAAAAACCAUGUAGUAAGACACAUCAUGAUCAUAUUCCAGGAUGACAAUGUCAUGAUUCAUCAGGCUCAAAUUGUGAGAGAAUUUUUGGGAGGGAGCAUGAAGAAUCAUUUUCAAGAGUCCA